UAACCGCCCUAUAAAUAGAGGGCGCCGCGGCCAUUUUAGCUGUUGCUUCGGUUCUCUGGAGGAGCAAGACAGCUGUUAAGAUGCCUGAGCCGGCCAAGUCCGCUCCCGCGCCCAAGAAGGGCUCCAAGAAAGCGGUGACCAAGACGCAGAAGAAGGGCGACAAGAAGCGCAAGAAGAGCCGCAAGGAGAGCUACUCCAUCUACGUGUACAAGGUGCUGAAGCAGGUGCACCCCGACACGGGCAUCUCGUCCAAGGCCAUGGGCAUCAUGAACUCCUUCGUCAACGACAUCUUCGAGCGCAUCGCCGGCGAGGCCUCGCGCCUGGCGCACUACAACAAGCGCUCCACCAUCACCUCGCGGGAGAUCCAGACGGCCGUGCGGCUCCUGCUGCCCGGCGAGCUGGCCAAGCACGCCGUCUCCGAGGGCACCAAGGCCGUCACCAAGUACACCAGCUCCAAGUAGAGUGUCUCGGACCUGUCGGUUUUAACCUGUUAACCCAAAGGCUCUUUUAAGAGCCACCCACAGAAUCCCUGAAAGAGCUUUAACACUGCUAUGUCUUUUUAUGUGUGAAAAUGUAAUACGAAAUGGUAAAUAAAAUUUGCAAUAAAUCUGUUAAAUCACAGUCGUUGGAGCUUGCAAUGAUUAGUAAUCUGUAUGAAAUCCUUGAUCGUUUCAUAGCUUAAAGCAAAUAAAAAUGUAUUAAUUAUUACCUCAUGAAUCUUAACGUUCAAAUACCUUUUCCAAUAUAUGUAGGGAUUACUGUUAAAUUCCUUUACAUUAGAGAUCUGAGAGACGCAGGACAU